UGUUUCUUAUUAAUUUUUUUAGUAUCCGCCUUAGUGUGUGUGUAUAUAUAUUUUAAACCCUCUGUUGCAGAAAAAGUCAAAGAAACACAAAGAAAGUUCGCAACUGCUGAACCCAAAACGCACAAAUCAUUUGAACUUCUAGGAUUCACUUCAGAUGGGUGAGCUGGCAGUUGAUAAGCAUGUUAAAUACAUUAUAUCUGUUGAGAAGAAAAAGGAUAGUUUGGCAUCUGUCGUGAUGGAGCACUUAAGGUUGAAUGGAGCAUAUUGGGGACUGACUACUCUAGAUCUUCUAGGAAAGCUCGAUGUAGUGGAUUCAAACGAAGUAAUUGAGUGGAUCAUGCAAUGCCAACAUGAAUCUGGUGGUUUUGCUGGUAAUAUUGGCCAUGACCCCCAUAUUCUGUACACCCUGAGUGCUGUACAAGUUUUGGCCCUAUUUGACAAGCUAAAUGUCCUUGACAUUGAUAAAGUUUCAAACUUUAUUAAAUCAGAUAUUAUUGGGCUGCAAAAUGAAGAUGGAUCCUUUUCUGGAGACAUAUGGGGUGAAGUGGAUACAAGGUUCUCUUAUAUUGCUAUAUGCUGUCUUUCUUUAUUGCAUUGUCUAGAUAAAAUAAACAUCGAAAAAGCUGUGAACUACAUCCUAAGCUGCAAAAAUGUUGAUGGUGGAUUUGGAUGCUCUCCUGGUGGAGAAUCUCAUGCCGGACAGAUUUUCUGCUGUGUGGGAGCUCUUGCUAUAACAGGGUCUCUGCAUCAUGUUGACAAGGACCUGCUUGGAUGGUGGUUAUGUGAGCGGCAAGUGAAAUCUGGGGGUCUGAAUGGACGCCCUGAGAAACUUCCUGAUGUUUGCUACUCUUGGUGGGUUCUUUCUAGCUUGAUAAUGAUUGACAGAGUUCAUUGGAUUAACAAGGAAAAGCUUGUUAAGUUCAUCUUAAGCUGUCAGGACACAGAGAAUGGAGGAAUUUCAGAUAGACCUGACGAUGCUGUUGAUGUAUUCCACACAUAUUUUGGAGUGGCUGGUCUUUCACUUUUAGGGUAUCCUGGAUUGAAAGCCACAGAUCCAGCUUAUGCUUUGCCUGUCGAUGUUGUGAACAGGAUUAUUCUCGGUACACAGUCACUUGAUUUUCAUUAGACUGCAAUGUUCUUUGACAUUAAUGGCAUGGUAUGAUUGACCUUUUUCACUAAACUUUUUAGGUACUUGUCUAGACUGACAGACCUGCACCAUGUUCCUAAGUUAUACAUUCAGAACGAUAUACAUUUCUCCUUUGUGCACAAUGUACUCUAUUUUAUGCAAGUUAAUAAAGGAGACUGAGAUGUAAAAUGCUAAUAGGGUUUCUUUUAGGCAACUGAUUUUUGACAAGUCAAAUUAAAUAUUUAAGCAAAUGAUGCUCCACUUGCAUAGAUGAAUGGAAAUAAAAUUCGCUUUAGAGAA